UCUGAAACUCAUGGACCGUUCAGAUGGUGGAGUUGUAGUUAACAUAUCCUCAAUGGCAGGUGCGUAUUAUGCAGAAGGCCAUCGUCACCUCAUGCCUAUCUACGCAGCGUCCAAGGCGGGAGUUCUCGCUUACACCAAGUGCUUGGCUAAAUCACCGGAAGUUAUCAAAAGUAAUAUCCGUCUCGUCUGCGCAUGUCCGAGAGGGACUGACACAGACUUGUUGAACGACCCCGAUCCAGCGAGGUGUCGUGAUGUGAACGCAUAUCAGAAAGGUGCUCGGGAGGCAGGUGUUAUGAGUGCUGACGAGGUGGCGGCCAUUUUGAUGUCCUUGGUAGAAGACGACACGAAUCAUGGGAAAGCAGCCGCUAUUCUUGGUGCUGAAAAGUACUCAUACAUUUGAGAUUUUU